AUGCUCACACCACUGCGGCAAGUCCUCCUCGCAGCGCUGGCCGCUACCUCCGUCCACGCCAUCCCCCAGGCAGCUCCAACUACAGCCGCAGUCCCUUCACCUUCGUCAACAUCCUCCUCGGGCCAAGCAUGCAAUAACUCGCCGACCCUCUGCGGCCGUCAAUAUAAUGCCGUCACACACAUGGGCGCUCACAAUAGCGCCUUCCUCCGAGACAGCAGCACGGGCAACUCCCUCGCCGGGAAUCAACUCAAGAAUGCAACGGCGGCUCUGAAUGCCGGUCUUCGGCUCCUUCAAGCACAGGUUCACAAGCCAAAUUCCACACUAGAGCUCUGUCAUACCUCGUGUGACUUGCUAGACGCGGGGGCCCUCGAAUCAUGGCUCAAGGACAUCAACGCUUGGGUAACCAAGAACCCCAACGACGUGGUAACCCUGUUGCUUGUUAACUCGGACAAUGCCCCUGCCUCCGACUACGGCGCCGUCUUUGAAAGCUCUGGACUCGCCAAGGUUGGAUACAAGCCGCAGUCAAACCUUUUGACGUCGACCUGGCCGACUCUCCAGUCCAUGAUCUCCGCCAAUGCCCGGGUGGUCACCUUUGUCACAAACAUGGACUACUCUGCUUCUACGCCAUACCUCCUUCCCGAGUUCGACCAUGUCUUCGAGACGCCCUUUGAAGUCACAGCCAUUGGCGGCUUCAACUGCACCGUCGACCGGCCGUCAAAGGCCAACCCGGCAUCCAGCUCCCUGUCCAGCGGCUUCAUGAGCCUUGUCAACCACUUCAAGUACCAGAGCCUCAUAGGCAGCAUCCAGGUACCCGACGUGGACGCCAUCAGCACGGUCAAUAGUGCCGGUACGUCUGAGACGGGCAACCUGGGCAAGCAUCUGCAACAGUGCAAGACGGAGUGGAACAAGGCUCCCAACUUUGUGCUUGUCGAUUUCUGGGACAAGGGGGACCCCAUCGCUGCACUUGACAGCAUGAAUGGCGUGACUGAUGCUACGGGGAGAUCUACGAGCCAGUCGAGUGGUCAGUCGGCCGGGAGCAACUUUGCCAAGGACAGGAAGUUUGGCAUCGGGGCUUUGGUGGCCUUUGUUUCGGCCGCAUUAUUGUUGGUGUAA